GCAAGCCAGCCACACAUUCCUGCGAUUUCCGCAUUCGUCACUAACGUCGGCGCCGGCCUCAGCAAGAUCAAGCUUCAGCAUUCGCAAUGGCCCAACGCGUCACGCUCCGCAAGCGUAACCCCUACAACACCACUUCCAACCGCCGACGGGUUGUGAAGACGCCAGGCGGCAAGCUCGUCUACCACCACAUCAAAAAGCUUGCGACCGCCCCCAAGUGCGGAGACUGCGGCAUCGCGCUGCCGGGUAUCAUUGCCCUCCGGCCCCGCCAGUACGCGACCGUGUCGAAGACGAAGAAGACCGUGCGCAGGGCAUACGGUGGCUCGAGAUGCGGUGACUGCGUCAGGCAGCGCAUUCUCCGGGCAUUCCUCGUUGAGGAGGCCAAGAUUGUCAAGAAGGUCAUCAAGUCGCAGCAGAAGCCGGGCAGGAAGUAGAUCGUCCUCUCCCUCCUCUGCUCUGGUGUGCGGUGCCGCGGAGCCCAUGUUCAUAUGCACAUGCAUGUAUAUUACCUACCCAUGACCACGUAUCGAUACAUAAAUAACGUGCAGCGUGUGAUCGAUUUAUUAGAGACGCUGCAGAUAUAUGUAUGCGCCUUGUAUGUAAUGCACCUGCCUC